AGUUUGCAUUUGAUCGCAACUUGUCAGGACAUCGUGGUAAAAUAAAGAAGUUAUUCCUCAUCUUCAAAAAGAAGAAGAAGAACUCGGCGAACAGGCAAUUUUAUUCAGCACUGCGACCUGAAGUAGUUAUGCUAAAAAAGCUAGAACAAUGCAUUUCUCCUUCAUAGAACAAGUGACACAACAGAAGUGAGCCGGUUACUGCGCUUGAACAAAAAAAGCAGGAGCGUUUCUCCAGUCCUCCUCGUCAAAUAGAAAUACAAUAUUCAAAGCACCCAUUUGACAACCAGCGAUCUAUAGAUUUGAAAAUGUCUCGGUUCGGGCAAUUUGUGAUGGGUCCCGCGGGCGCCGGGAAGUCGACCUACUGCCACUUCUAUCCACAGUAAAUUUCCCGUACACGUACAAAUGUGAUUUCUGCAUGACAAACUUUUCUUCCAAUCCUAUUCAGCACGACAAGUUGCAUGCUCCAACUUUGUAAAAUUUGUCAUGCAUUUUGUACGUGUGCAGGAAAUUUGUAUUGCAUAACGUCAUGGCGGAGCACAUGGAAAUCACGCACAAGAAGCGCUGCCGAAUAGUAAACUUUAUUCUGUGCAAAAGUAUCGUACUCGUAGUAAUCGCAGUCAUGCAUUACAAAUCUCCGUCCCAAGGUAGAACAGCAUGACAAAUUCCAUUUGUCGAGCUGAGCUAAUUUGUAUUGCAAUUACGACGCUAAUUUGUAUUGCAAUUACGACUAGCACUAGUACGAUACUUUUGCAGUUCAUAAAUUUGGACCCAGCACUGCAUGAAAAUGUAGAAACAACGACGAUGAAUAAACAGGAUACUGACGGACAACUAAAUCCAGAUGGAACAGCGACUUGUUCCUCAAAUAAAAAUCCCAGUCCCGGCGGGUACGACUACGACAUCGACAUUCGCGACUUAAUUACCUCCGACGAUAUUCAGGAAGAGUUGGAAUUCGGCCCCAACGGCGGGCUGGUGUACGCCAUGGAAUACUUCGGGGAGCACCUAAACACGUGUAUCAAAUGUAAAAAUGUCUGUGAAGAAUGCAAGUUUGUCAUACUUGUCUGGCGUGACUCUUAAAUCUGUCAUGCACAUUACCAAAGCGCCCCACUUAUUUUCUGUCAUGCAGAAACGUAGUUUGUCAUGCAGAAUAGGCAACACCUAGAAGCUCAGAAACUUGUCAUGCUGAGCCAGCAAUUGUCGCCUCCUCAUGAUACGCCACACAGCAUCACAAAUUUCCAGACCCAGACAUAUUUGCAAUUCAUGACGUGGUUUCGCGAGCAAAUCGAGGAAUACCAAACUGAUUCCGAGUACUUCCUGUUCGACUGUCCCGGGCAGAUCGAGCUUUACGUGCACCACCCGGUGAUGCGUUCGGUGGUGGAGUUCCUGCAGAAUGACCUGCAGAUCCGCAUGUGCGGUAUUUUCUUGCUCGACGCGGCCACCGUGGUAAACGAGCACAGUUGCGCCUCGAAAUUCCUGUCCGGCUCGCUAAUGGCCCUGAAUGCGAUGCUGCACUUGCAGUUACCCCACCUCAACUUGUUGACCAAAGUGGACUUGUUGGUUACAAACAACCUGGUCGGGGGCGGUGCUGGCGCGUCGAGAUCAGCAGACGAUGGAGACGACGGCAAAAUGAGCAAGAAAACUACUCUGGACAAAAACUACCGACAGGAGGACGAUUUCAUACUGUGAGGAAAAAUCCCCCCGCCCCAUAUCGAAAAGGCGUGCUUUUCAAAAUUUGUGAUGCUGAUUUGUGACCACAAAUCGAGUCUUGCAAGAGAGCAACGCCAGAGCGUCCGCCGCAUUUCGCAGGAAGAUUUGGAAGGCUGCUGCGCCACAACUGGGGCAGACGUCUGCCAUGCUAAGCGCCUACCUCAAGCCACCCCUUUCUGAGCUUUGUAUCUGCCUGCGGUGCUCUACUGCAAGACAGAGCUGAUUUGUGUACGCAAAUACAGCAUCACAGGCUUCCCUUUCGAUAUGAGCAGGAGGGGGAUUUUUCAUUUUGAUACUUCACGGACCCUAUUCAGCAACUGCACCACCAAGAAAAAACGGGUGACGAACAGGAGGACGAAUUUCAGAGGAAGAUGCAAAACGCGGUUGCCGACCGGUUUCUGGAUUUGUGCCAACCCUCAGACUUGCUCCCUGAACUGAACCAGACCAUGCACCCCAGGUUUAAGCAGUUGAACGCCGCGAUUGUGGAAUUGCUGGAGCAGUACCAAAUGGUCUCCUACAGCACCCUAUCUGCGAAGUACGACGAAGAAUCCUUGAACGAAAUCUCCCACCGAGUCAACGACUUGUUGCAGUAUUACGAAGAGCAGGAAUAUCAAAUGCAAAAAUGUCUGGGUCUGGGAGAUUCUGAGACUUGUCAUGCACGUUUUGCACGAGCCAUGAUGUCUGUGAUGCAUGCCGUAGCGUCACAGAUUUUUCGAGGGGUUCUUGAUCUUGAUGCCUAUUUCGCAUGACAAAUGCCCUAUCCACGUAACAAAAAAUACAUUCCCUUUGCUACUCAUGCAAUACAAUUUUUUUUGGAAUCCAAAUGCAGCAUCACAAGUUGCAUUCUUCCAGAUCCAGACACUUUUGCAUUUGAUAAGGAAGUGGACGAUAAGGGCUAUGACCGGGCCAUGGAAAGGAUAAACGAGGGAAAUAACGAAGACAUGGAAGAAUAUGGAGGUGAUCAUUAUUUUGCUGAACAAGGGGGCAACGAUUGUUCGUACGAAAAUGUUGAUCGAGAUUUUCAGAAAACCAUGGAAAACAUGUCUUUGGACGACGUAGACUUAGAAAAAUUUGGGCUUCUGGGGGCGUGAUUUUUGUACGAGAUCAUGAAAGCGCGGCCUGCAGCAGGAUUUGUUGUAGAGGAUCCCUUUCAUCUGCAGAUGAAGAUCCUGGUCUGAGCGGCAGCGCAAAAAUAAAACACGACCUACUUCUACAUGUUGACAAAAUGAAGAACCUGCACACUGAAGGAAAAAAGCAACUGUGCUGCAUAGAAAGAGCCGCAUACAAAAAAUCUUUACAAAAGUACACUCGUGAUCACGAUCGCGCAGGGACACAGCCACAU